GCGCGGCCGGCGCGUGCGGGGCUGGGGCUGCGCGUCCUGGGGUCGGCGGGCUCGCCUGGGUGGGCUGGUUCGUGGGCCCCGGCGAUGGCGACCUACACCUGCAUCACCUGCCGGGUGGCGUUCGGCGACGCGGAGGUGCAGCGGGCGCACUACAAGAGCGACUGGCACCGCUACAACCUGAAGCGCAAGGUGGCGGCCAUGGGCCCGGUGAGCGCCGAGGGCUUCCAGGAGCGCGUGCGGGCGCAGCGGGCCGUGGCGGAGCCGGAGAGCAAGGGCGCGGCCACCUACUGCGCCGUGUGCGGCAAGAGGUUCGCGUCCUUCAACGCCUACGAGAACCACCUGCAGUCGCGGCGGCACGCGGAGCUGGAGAGGGCGGCGGUGCGCGCCGUGAGCCGGCAGGUGCAGCUGAGGAACGCCAAGAACCUGGAGAAGGGGCUGGGCGCGGACGGCGUGGACAAGGACGCCCUGAACGCGGCCAUCCAGCAGGCCAUCAAGGCCCGGCCGGCCGCGCCCCCCGCCAAGGCCCCCGCGGCGCCCGCGCAGCGGCCCCGGAGCCCCGCGCCCGCGGCCCCCGACAGGCCCCCGCGCCUCCAGUGGUUCGAGCAGCGGGCGAGGAGGCUGGCGGGGCGGCGGCCGGCGGAGGGGCACCCGGAGGAGCACCUGGAGGGGCCCCUGCAGGAGGACGACGACGAUUGGGAAGAUAUUGAUUCUGAUGAGGAGUUGGAAUGUGAGGAUGCUGACGCCAUGGAUGACGUGGAGGAGCAGGACGUAGAGGAGGAGGAGGCUGCGGGAGGCCCCCUCAUUGGUGCCAUCCCCAUAACAGACUGCUUAUUUUGUCCCCAUCACUCAAGCUCUCUGAUGAAGAAUGUGGCUCAUAUGACUAAAGUCCACAGCUUCUUUAUUCCCGAUAUAGAGUAUCUUUCAGAUCUUAAGGGACUGAUUAAGUAUCUGGGAGAGAAAGUUGGUGUUGGGAAGAUUUGCUUGUGGUGCAAUGAGAAGGGGAAAUCCUUCUACUCCACGGAAGCUGUACAGGCACACAUGAAUGACAAAAGCCACUGUAAGCUCUUCACAGAUGGCAAUGCUGCUUUGGAAUUUGCAGACUUCUAUGAUUUUAGGAGUAGCUAUCCGGAUCACAAGGAAGGGGACCACCCUGAUGAGACUGAGGAAUUGCCUUCAGAAAAGACAGUAGAAUACGAUGAUGAAACCAUGGAGCUGAUUCUACCUUCUGUGACCCAGCAUUAUCAUGUAAUGAUUCUGAGUGUGGCAAACCUAGAGCGUCCUGACCUAUUACUAUAAAUAGAAGAUGAUAGUGGUGCUGGGGUCUCCUGUAGCAGCCUUCUUCGAAGCUGGAGUCUCGUGCGUCAGCUGCAUCGUAUCCUUUCCUUGUGGUCUAGAAGCUUUGUUAACUCUUCGAGUGGCUUCCAGAAGAAACAGGUUCAAGGGGACAGGUUCAUCUCUGCUGGUAUCCAACAACCGACUCAUCUUUGAAUUGAAAGGGUCUUUUUUGGGGGGGAGUCAUCUCUUGCAUCCUAUGGCAGAGAAACAACUGAAAGUAAGUACUUUCCCAUGUUUGUGUAGCAAGCAAACCUUUCCAGGUGGCUUGCCCCAGCUAUCGGGACUUAAAAUAACCUGACAGAAUUUUUUCAUGUAAGUGAAAGGUCUAGAUCCUAAAGGCAAAUACAGCCAUCUGGAGUAGUUAUAGUCUCCUGUUCAUGGUCUUCCUACACAAAAGAUGGUGAAAGACCUGGUCUGAUAGAAGUAAAUGUAAGGCUCUCCUGGAAGCUGUGCACGUGGUUCUCCGCCGCCAUGUGUCCUUCACCCCUUUGCAGCGGGAAUGGCAGUUCCGUGCCCGGUGGACACGUGCUGUCGUGGAAUCGCUCCGUGUUUGUCUGGGAAGGUACCUGAUUAUUGUUGCUGUGAGAGAACCACACUUAGUGUCAGAUUCGAUUGCCCUGGGGUGAGGCUGAUACCGCCGUGCCAGGACCACCUUGUGAGAGCCCCUGCUGCGAGGGCGCCCGAGUCAGGGAGCCGCUCUGCCCCCUUCACUUUCCUGCUGUGCAACCGAGGCUGGGUGCACGCUUCCUGGAACGGGCCGGGGAAUCCACAGUGACUCGUCUCUGAAAGCAUGGUUGACCUGCAGAGUUUUACCAGAUUCUGCUAAUAAGCAAAAGCUGUAGAGGGAAUGCAGUUUAAUCAUCCUUUAGAAUUCUGGCUCCCAGGUGAUUUCUGUCACAUAGAAAACAGCAGGGCAGGGUUUCUGAGCGUGGGACCUUUUAGGCCACAUGACUGUUGUGGAGGACUGUCCUGUGCACCGCAGCAUGUUUAGCACAACCCUUGACCUCCGUCUGCUAGCCGCUAGCCGGCCUCCUCCAGGUAUAACAACCAGCAGUGUCUCCACAUGUCCCUGGAGGUAAAGAAAUCAGCGGCUUGAGAACUACCACUAUGGAGAAUUUAGGCAGAAGAAAGGUGGGUUGGUUUUUUUGCUCUAGAUCCAGACUAGACUUUUAGGUUUUGAACAUCAGGGUUAUUAUUUGCUUUAUCUUUGUAUUAAAAAGAAGUUCCGGCCCCUGCCUCCUUUCUCAGGCCCUAUUAUCCAUAUUACAGGUUUGCUGUGUCAAUCGCUAGAGAAGCAUGCACACCAGAUGCUGAGUGUUUCAAGUAACAGUGACUUGCCAUUCUCUUUUUUUUAAAAAAAUCCCUCUAUUUUUUGGUGGGCACUUGAUGGGAUGAGCACUGGGUGUUAUUCUGUAUGUUGGCAAAUUGAACACCAAUAAAAAAUAAAUUUACUAUUAAAAAAUAAAAAAUAAAAAAAUAAAAAUCCCUCUAUUUUUUGAUUUUCCAUCUCUCAUUUUCUAAUAUGCUACUUCAUUUUUAUUUUUUUAUUUUUUAGCGGAUAGAACUUUGUUUCAUCUCCAUCUUGCUUUUUUG